UUCCCUCUUGGAGCGGCAGCCCCAGACGGGAGCAGAGGGGGGCGGGGAACAGCGGAGGCAGGGCUGGGAAAGCAGGUCUCUCCCCCGUUUCCCAGCUUGGAGACGAGGCUGCCACCCGCUGCUGUCUGGAGAGAGGCUCGGAGGGAGGUGACGAGAACUGCUGCUCUGACGCACCAGCCCCUCUCCCGGCCCCCACUCGCUCCGGAGCCCUGCGCUUCUCCCGGACUGGGGAGAUGCUCUGUUCUGGGGGACUAGACUGCUCUUAGCUGGCGCAGCGACAGCUUGGGCGGGCCUGGCUGUGAACCCCGAUCCCCGCCUCUGAGGGCUUCGCGCUUGCCACGGCUUGCAGCCCAGAGCCUACCCUUCUCGCUGGCAGGAGACCGGGCCAUUUCCCUGGCACUUCCAGAAAACCCGCCCCUGGCCAGAGACUGCAAACAUCUGGGUUGCUCUGGCGGCGGCGCGCCUCACGCCUGCGCUCCAGUCCCGUACCUGCGCUCCCGCGAGGUCUCCAGACCCAGAGAUGGAUUUUCCUAGGAACCUAACCUACUUCCCCUUCUCCACCCCCUCCCCUCUGGACGUCAAUGGCAGCCUCGGGGUAGAAAACGCAGGCCCCAGGCAGCCCCUCCUCUCGGUCUUCGGAAUCCUUGUUCUAACUUUCCUGGGCUUUCUGGUGGCAGCGACCUUUGCCUGGAACGUGCUCGUGCUGGCGACCAUUCUCCGUGUGCGCACCUUUCACCGCGUGCCGCACAACCUGGUGGCGUCCAUGGCCAUCUCGGACGUCCUGGUGGCGGCUCUGGUCAUGCCCCUGAGUUUGGUGCACGAGCUGUCGGGGCGGCGCUGGCGCCUCGGCCGGCACCUGUGCCAGGCGUGGAUCGCGUGCGACGUGCUCUGCUGCACGGCCAGCAUCUGGAACGUGAUGGCCAUCGCGCUGGACCGCUACUGGUCCAUCACCCGCCACCUGGAGUACACGCUCCGCACCCGCAAGCGCGUCUCCAAAGCCAUGAUCGCGCUCACGUGGGCGCUGUCGGCGGUCAUCUCGCUGGCGCCGCUGCUCUUCGGCUGGGGGGAGCUCUACUCCGAGGGCAGCGAGGAGUGCCAGGUGAGCCGCGAGCCCUCCUACGCCGUCUUCUCCACCGUGGGCGCCUUCUUCUUGCCGCUGUGCGUGGUGGUGUUCGUUUACUGGAAGAUCUACAAGGCGGCCAAGUCCCGCGGCGGCUUCCGGAAGCUCAACAGCGUCGCGCCGCUGAAGCAGCCCGCGGAGGUGGAGACAGAGCGACCCUGCAGCCUGCGCUGCAUGGCCCGGACUCGAGAGUCGCCGCUAGCUGCCCACAGGUGUCUGGAUGGGUCUGCCCUGCUCGGCUGGGGCCUGAGUACCCUGAAGAAAGGCUGGUUUCUGCAGGAGGCCUCGCGAGGCUGGGUGCAGGGGCGGACACCCCGCGGCGAGGCAGGGCCUGGGCAGCCCCGCACGAUCGGACUGCCGCCGCGGGAACUGCCGCGGGCCAUGCGGCGCCUGGACGACCCGGUAACGGCCGGCAGCUGA